CGUCCGUGGCUACUCGCUGGCGGCUUGACUCCGCGGUGUCAUAGAGGGGGACGAUCCCGGAGCGAGCUCAUUUCUGCCCUCACGUUCGCUGCCGGAGAAGAGAGCCCGCUGGUUCCGAUGAAAGAAGUCAGUCGUAACUCGGGGUGCAUUUCAUAACCCGGCCUAACCAACCCUCCCACAUGUGCUGACACGUCUCCAGGUAUUACACACAUCCCGUCGGGUCGGCGGAGGGAACGUUCACUCGGCUGUUUUUUUUUUUUUGUUUUUUUUUUUUGACACGCUGUGAGAACAUACGAGAGACGCGCAGAGGGGGAAGAUGUUGCUGAAGGAGUACAGGAUAUGCAUGCCCCUCACAGUGGAGGAGUCAUCAGGUUGAGCCGUGAAGUAAGACUGACGCAUGAGUAAGAGAUGGUGAGGGCGGUAAAGAUGACAAUGAAUGGAGAGCAGAGAAGGACAAAGAGAGAGGAAAGAGGAGGAGGAGGAGUACCGGAUUGGGCAGCUGUACAUGAUCAGUAAACACAGCCAUGAGCAGAGUGAUCGAGGGGAAGGGGUGGAGGUGGUCCAGAAUGAACCGUAUGAGGACCCGGAGCACGGCCAAGGGCAGUUCACAGAGAAACGAGUCUACCUCAACAGUAAAUUGCCCAGCUGGGCUCGAGCAGUGGUUCCGAAAAUCUUCUACGUGACAGAGAAAGCAUGGAACUACUACCCUUACACCGUAACAGAAUAUACAUGCUCAUUCCUGCCCAAGUUCUCCAUCCACAUAGAGACAAAAUAUGAGGACAACAAAGGGUGCAAUGACAAUAUUUUCGACAGCGAGCUGAAGGAUCAGGAGAGGGAGGUGUGUUUCGUCGACAUCGCCUACGAUGAGAUCCCAGAGCGCUACUAUAAAGAGUCUGAGGACUUGAGAUAUUUCAAGUCAGACAAGACGUCACGGGGGAUUCUUCAGGAGGGCUGGAGGGACACCCAGGAUCCCAUCAUGUGCUCGUACAAACUGGUCACUGUCAAGUUCGAGGUGUGGGGUCUGCAGACCCGUGUGGAGCAGUUUGUACACAAGGUGGUUCGGGAUGUGCUGCUGCUGGGACAUCGACAGGCAUUUGCCUGGGUGGAUGAGUGGAUUGACAUGACCAUGGAUGAGGUGAGAGAGUUUGAGCGCGCCAUCCAGGAGGCUACCAACCAGAAGAUCGGGAUGUUUCCUCCGUCGAUCUCCAUCAGCGAGACGCCCCUGUCCUCCUGUGCCCUCACCGGCCCUGCCAGCGCCCCCUCCACCCCCAUGUGCACUGAUGCGCCUGAGUCCCUCUCUGUCCCCAAGGACCGACCCCGCAAAAAGUCUGCACCUGAAACCCUGACCCUCCCUGACCCUGAGCCCAGUGGCGUCCCCCAGGGCUCUAACCUGAGCCCACUACCUGUUUCAAACCACCUCCAGUCAGCCACACCACCAUCUUCCAACUCUGAUCUUACUGAGAUGGAUGAGCAGUAGAGGGACCUCGGGAUGUCUUCCCCUAUGCCUUGCUUUACUUAUUCCCCUAACCCUAUUGUCUUAGUAGCCCAACAUGACUAGCCUAACCUCCAGACACCAGUGCCCAGACGUUCAAGUUCUCUAGCCAUAUCCUAUGAUUUGCCAUAAUCCUGGACACACAACAAUCACUCUACGAGCCUUCAUCAGUGUCAUUAACACCAUUCAGGCAGCUGUAGGCAUAGCCACCCUUAUGUGGCUGGUUUCCUCUUCCUGUGAGUGUAGCCAGCGGCAUCUCUUAUCUAUUCUAACAACCACCUGUGAUGUCUAAUCAGAACAAAGAGCAUCCGUAAUUAUUUUUGUUGAGUGGCAGUGUCUCAUGUUAUAUGAAUAAAUUAUUCUUAGUGUUUCCUUAGUGAUGUUUUCUUCAAUCAGACAAGCUGAUUGCUUUAAAGCUAUUAAACUAUGAAGUAGCUGCCUUAGCACCACAGAGCCGGUGGUGCUUAUUAGUUUUGACAAUGUGCGCAAAUGAAUGACUGAUGAAUACUGUCAAUUUUUCAACCCGUAAAAGUGGCUGGAUGUAUUAAAUUAGAAAUAAAAUCAAUGACACCAUUUAGAGUAGCACAUUAGACCUGAUGAAUCUAGUUUAACACACACCAGAAAGACAGCCAGUACCUUCAUAAUAGACUCGCUUGGAAGCUGUUUUUCUGGGCCAUUCAAGUAGGCCUGCGGAUCAGAUUGUGUCCAUCCUUUUCCAUCCCCAAUCCAAUUAAAUAACAGAUGCAAGAUCAGUACAAUCAUAGAGCGUUUACACCUCAGGUCUACCCGAUUCUACCUGACUCACACUCCAAAGGCAGGGAUAUUACUGUACCUUUCUCUCCCUGCUUAUUGCCAAACAGCCACAUUUUAUACCUCCACAGAUAUUACAAUACAGCAACUAUUGUAUGUACAAUACCAGUCUACUUAACCCUUGCAAUGUUUACACAUCAGACACCUUGGAUGAUUUGCAUAUUAGUGUUGUAGGUUAAGCUGUUGUCAUAUCUGCUCUUGCGGUUUUAGCAUGACAGUUUGAUGACUCUAAAAUAGAAUUUUUUGAAGUUUAUUACUGCAUAUAUCUUGCUCAAGUUGACUGAGAGGUCAGUAUAAUGAAAAACAACACACACACAAAAAAAAUGAAAUAAAAUGUUGCCUGACAAUAAUGCUGGAAAUCUCAUGUGACAUGAACGUGAUCCAAUUUUAUCAAAUCAGCAAAUCACUUUAAUGUCAUAUGCAGGAACAAGGCCAUUUCUGGGGUGGGCGGGGGCGCUGAAGCACUGACUGAUCUUUGUGCACAGUGGAGGCGAUGAGGCUUGAUUCGAGGUGAAGGGCACAUGCAUCAAGCUGACUUGAGUGUGUGCUUUGUUAGCUGCAUAGCAUUUGCAAAAGUGCUGACACCUUUGCUUUGCCAUUGCUGGUUGGUAAUCCUGAGCCAGUGCUUUGGCGGGCACACAAAAAUGAUUUCAAAAUGGGAACAUCCCCUGCAGUGACCAUUAGUUCUGCGGGGUUUGUACUGCAAGUGACCAUAAAACCCUAUAGGAGAAACAAAUAUAUGACAACAGCUAGUUAUUCGUUGAACCCCUUAUUUCCAUACAAUGAUAAUAUUCAAGGAGGGUUUCAUAUGCUGCAUGGAACGUUCACAACAUAUAUAUUAUGUGAAGUAUAGUAUAUAUGUAUAUACUGUAAAUGAAUGGAUUGUUACAGUAUAUUUGGUGAUGCAACUGUAUGAAAAAAGUGAAUGCCAACUAUGGAAGCUCUGUACUAAUUUUGUAUUGUAGAAAAAAGCUGAUUUCGAUUGAAAUGUAAGCAUGCCCAGAGAAUAUAGGCCUACAAACUCUUUCAACUCAGUGCCUCUGCAUGCAACUAUUGUAUCAUCGCCUACAUGCGCGUAAAACCCAAAUCUCUUCUAUUUCAUCUUUAGAAACACAAGAUUUCAUUACAUUUCUUUGCCUUUUUUUUCUGAUGCUUUGAACCAGUAACAAAAAUGGGCUACAGCCCUGUGAUACAGUAGCUGAACGACAACAUAAUCAGAGCAAAUGAAUCAUAUCAACCCACAUCAUCAGUCUCUGAAGUUACAGGAUUCAUUGUGACUAUAUUUUAGAAAACUGGUACAUUUCAGUUCCCCUCUUCAAGCCAACUACUUGUAACUUUACAGCGCAAUUGCAUUUCGCACUUUCCAGUCUUUUGACACCUUAUUUGACAAUGAAGAAAUGUACUGCAUCUUACACAGUCUUGUUGGGUUUGUUGGACCAAAGUCCUAUCGUACAGCAUAGUGACUUCGAAGAGAGCAGGUCGAGGAGAGAGUCCUCAGUGGUCUUGCCAUAAAAAUACUGUUAAUAUUAUGUACAGUUUCUCACUUGCUUUUGUUAAAAACAACAAAACUGUAGCUAUUUAUCUGUAACUGUAGCUUUUGUCUUUUUGCCUUUUGAGGAUAACAAUGUUAGAUACCAGUUAUUGGCACUCUGUAUCCAUCUAUCAUGUAUAGAUUAUACAUACUUACAACUCUGGUAUUGGCCGUCUCUCUUGUCAGGAACACAGAGAUCCAGGGAUACGUUUGAUCUGCCAUGGGCUAUUAAAAAUAAUGCAAAAUAUCCAGUUGUGUAACAUUAAGCUCUGCUCUGUUUAAAAGAGUAACAUAGUAGGUAUUGUAAAUACUGUUGUUAAUGACUAAUAUAGUAAAUUUCUUACAUUGUUCUAAGUUGCAUUACUGAUGUGACAUGAAUGUGCUCAGUGAUUUCAGACAGAAGGAUUUUCUUUAGUGUUUUUGCGACAAGGAUAGACAUCUUCACAGACAUGAGUAAAAGGUUGUUGUUAUUUUGUGUUUUUUUGAAAUCUCGGGAGUCAUGUGUCUGUAUCUAUGAAGUUAUUGUCAUCUCUUGAGGAUACCGAUUUCAGUUCAGUUUGCUCUUCUCAGUUGAGUAUCUAGAUUCCUCAUUGUAGUGGUGCACUUUUGACUCUCCAGUUGCUUUUUGGUGACCGUGCAGGGCAGAACAUUUAUUUGUGCAAGUUGCAAAACAAAAUUAAGCUUUUCUUUUUUUAGUGGGGUGGCUGCUUUGACGUUUACUUGCCAUGUUAAUGGAGAGGUGAUCAGCUUUUCUGUUCUUUCUUUUGUAGUAAACAUGCUGUACUUUGAUUUUGUGGUUGCUGUAAUGUUUGAAGGAAAAUCUAAAUUAGUUGAGCAUUAUUUUGUUGGAUUCCAGGACCAAGCUUUUCACUCUUCCUCCCCUUCUAAUGAUGCAGUUUGCAUUCAGUCAGGCUGUUGUGCUGUCUCCUGAUAACUGGGGCCUGUCUCACCAACCGGGAUCACUGAGUUAGCUGUAGGACUGCACUGAGUGGAACCAGGAACAGCUCCGUGUCCUUCACCAGGUGUGGUUCUGUAUAAUCCAGCUUUCUAUGUAAAUCCUGCCGUGUGAAACAGGCCUCAGAAGUGCCAUUGGUGUUCGGCUGCUGGAAGUCACUCUUAGUUCUUCCACUUGAUCUAAUAUUGUAUUUGUUAUAUUUUUACUGCUCUUUGAAGUUAAUUUGGUUCUUUGUUGUAAUUAUUGUUUUACUUUUUCUGAAACAAAUAAACUUUACUAGCGAUUGCA